AUGGAAGCAGAGGUGGCGAGCCCCCAGAUAAUGGCCGACGUUAACGGUAACAAUAAAAUGACCAACGCUGAGCUCGAGGUGAUAAAGCUUCAAGAAUUGGUGCGAAAAUUGGAGAGGCAAAACGAACAAUUGCGGACUCGAGCUAAUGCUGUAAACCAUUGUACAGUGGGCCCACCACAGCUCCAGACCAGCGCGCUGUCGUGUCUGCGCGGCGGUACAGUCUGUCCGGGGGAGAGUUUAUUUCAAAAUGUUGACAUUUCCAGUCCGUCAAAGACACCGCUGUGUACCGCUACGCGUCGGGGUUCAUCAGAGGAACCAUUUGCCUAUUUUCAGCCAAGCUCCACGUCUCCUCCUGGUGCGGCCGAAGAUGACAACGCUGCCUCCGAACCGACAACAGUGUUGGAUGAGGUUGAGGUUUUAGACUUGGGCUGUGUGCUCCCCAUUGAGGAACCGGAUAGAUGGCUGUAUGCAAGUCCCAAGGAGAGCUUAAAUGGUGACAGUGCCCUUAGUCCGCUCCAGUGGUGCAGGCAAGUCCUGGACCACCCAGGUCCUGAGGUACAACUGGCCAGGAUGACACUAUGUCACAGACUGGAUCAAGCUAAACGGUGGAGAGGAGUUUCUUCUGUCCGUCCAUACAGCUGUAUAGAGGGUUUUUCUACUUUGAGCUGCCCAGUCUUGCCUUACUCUAAACCUUCUGCACUAUCUGAACCCACAGCUCCCUUGCCAUCUGGGCAAUCUUUUCUUCUGCCCACCCCCACACUUAGAGCAAGUUGCAGCCUAAGUGACAGAGCGCCUACCUUCUUAUCAAACUCUACUUUACACAAUCUGGGUCGACGACAUGCAACAAUCAGCCCUCAGUCUUCCUUGGACAGUGAAGUGGGUGUGUCAGAACUGGAAGACGACUCUAUUUCAAUGAGCUACAAGUUACAGGACAUGACAGACGUGGAGGUCAUGGCACGGCUUCAAGAGGAGAGUCUCAGACAAGACUAUGCCUCUACCUCAUCAACAACUAGUCGUCGCAGUUCCACUUUUUCCAUACACUCCCUGAGGAGAAGUGAAAUGGAUCUGGAGGAAGAAGAUGAGGAGGACGAAGGUUACGACCAGCUUCCUCCUCCUCAACCUCGACUCUUUCGUACUGGGUCUAUGCAGCGAGCUGGUCUGCCCCACUCUCACACCUUCUCCUCUAUAAGAGACUGCAGACGCAGCACCUCUCAGUUUUCACUCAAUGGACUUUCACAGUUCUCGGGGCCCUCAAGCCUGACUACUGAAUCACCAACACUGUCAAACAACAGCACAGACAAACUUCGAAGAAGCAUGCCCAAUCUGAUUCGAGCUCCAAGCAUGCCUAGUGUUCCUAGUAUCCCCUGCCUGUCAACCCUUGCAAACCCUGCACAUGGCCCCUCAUCUUUACCUUCAAUGCCCACCCUCCGGAACAGCCAAAGUUUUGACUCAUCCAGUGGACUUGCACGGCUUCAGUCCUCUAUUCCCCCUCCAGGUCAGCUUAGUCAGCGUGUUCAGAGUGUGGGCAACUUCCCAUCUAUGCCUCGGCACCCUCUAAAAGCCACUGCCUAUGUGAGUCCAACCAUCCAGCAUAGUCCCACCUCCACAGGCCUAACCACCUCCACCAGUUUGAAUUCUAUCUCCAGCAGUGCUGGACUGCCUCAGCCUCUCAAACCUAGCAGCAGCAGCUUGGUACCCCUUUCUUUAAAGGCUAGCUCCAAUCACCCUCCUCGAAGCUCUCUUCCACGUCCAGCAUCUUUUGUAGGAACAAGUUUACGCACAAGCAAAAUUUCACAGCCCACACGGAGUUUACUGACUCCCCCAAAGAGCAUUGCUGCCCUAAGCGCAUUAAGGGAUGGAAGCUGGAAAGAUGGAUGCUAUUAA